AAAACUUUUGACUCAUUUGAAGUUGAUCAUCAUCGCAGCGUCAUGGGUAUUGUUGGAAAUCUCAGUCCAGCUCAGCUCCAAUCCUUCGAAACCGAUGGGUAUAUUGUGAUGGAAUCGUUUGCAAGCGGCGAGGAAAUCGAGAGGAUGAGGAAGAGAAUGGAACAGUUGCUGGACGAGUUCGAUUGCUCUUCCACGGCCUCUAUUUUCUCUACCAAAAACCAGCAACACUCGACAGAUCAUUAUUUCUUCGAGAGCGCCGAGAAAAUUUCGUUUUUCUUUGAAGAGAAAGCUUUUGGGGAAGAUGGAAACUUGAAGCAACCGAAGGAACUUUCUAUUAACAAAGUUGGACAUGCAUUACAUGUGCUUGAUCCAGUAUUUAAAAGCUUCUCUGACUCCGAUAAAGUAUGCAGCAUGUUGGUUUCCUUGGGUUACAAGAGACCAAUUGUGAUUCAGUCUAUGUACAUAUUUAAGCAACCAGGUAUUGGGGGUGAGGUAGUGCCACAUCAGGAUAACUCUUUUCUGUAUACUGAACCAACAACAUGCACAGGGCUAUGGCUGGCCCUAGAAGAUGCAACGAUCACGAACGGCUGUCUCUGGGCUAUUCCUGGAUCUCAAAAAAAUGGCCUUGUCAGACGGUUCAUUAGAGGUGAAAAUGGGGUGACCUUUGAUCGGCCUUCCCCAAAUUAUGAUCAGAAAGAUUUUGUGCCCAUUGAAGUUAAAGCCGGUUCUUUGGUUGUCAUUCAUGGUGAUCUUAUUCAUCAAAGUUGUGAGAAUCAAUCUUCAAAAUCAAGGCAUGCGUACAGUCUGCACAUGGUAGAUACAGAGGGCUGCAAAUGGGCUGAAGAUAAUUGGAUCAGGCAAAAAGUAGAGCCAACGCCUCUUUAUGGAUCUUAAUAUGACCCGAGAGCAAGAUGCAUAGUUUGGUGGGGUGCUGCUAUGGGAAACUUAAGUCUCAAGUUGAGAGAUUCUCUGCCAUGCUCAUAUGAAGAUUCUUACGUUGAGAGCUCAUCUAUAGUUUAUGGAUUUUAUCUUACUUUUUUCUUGUUCCAAAUAAGAGCACCAGUUAAAAAAAAAAAGGAAAAAAAAAAGAAUAAGUUUGUCAUAACUGGAUGUCUUAAAUAGUUUCCUUGUCUAAUAAAAUGUCCAGGUUAAGUA